GCCUAUCACGAGUGCUGUACUUUGUUGUUUAUCGGCUCUUUAGAAGUGUGGUUUGAUAAUACUGAUCUUAAAAUGUCCAAGUUUAUUUGGUUUUGCUCAUUUUUAUAUGCAUUCAUAUGCAUAAUACAUAUUGACGAUAUAUAUGCAAAAGACUGUUCAAUUGCAUCUGCGAAUCUCCGAUUUGAUUGCUACCCUGAAGCCGAUGGUGCUUCGCAGGAAAAGUGCGAGGAACGAGGAUGUUGUUGGCAGCCAACUAAAAGCGGUAUCAGCGAUGGUGAACCCUAUUGCUUCUACCCCACUGACUUUCCAUCGUACAACAUGUCAACUCCGCAAGAGACAGCCUUUGGUUAUACAGCUAUGUUGAAACGAACCAAUAAAUCUUAUUAUCCUAAUGAUAUCCUGACACUGCAGUUAGAUAUAUACCUGGAGACAGAGUCUAGAAUUCACUUUAAGAUUUAUGAUCCAAUGGAAGCUCGCUAUGAAGUUCCAAUACCAACUCCCAAGGUAACAAAGAAAGCAGCAUCAACAAAUUAUGAUGUUAAAUUCAGAUCGAAUCCGUUUGCAAUAUCCAUUAUCAGGAAAUCCAACGGAGAAGCUGUGUUUAACACCAGCUUCAGCCCAUUGAUCUUUGCUGAUCAGUUUAUACAGCUUUCCUCUUCGUUGACCUCAAAGAACCUGUAUGGGCUCGGUGAACAUCAGGACAAGCUAGCUCACGACCUCAAUUGGCAGCGAUUUGUUUUCUGGGCACGGGACCAGCCACCAGAUGCUGGUAACAACCUGUAUGGGUCACAUCCAUUCUAUUUGAAUAUGGAUUCGUCUGGCAAUACUCAUGGUGUCUUCCUUUUGAAUAGUAAUGCAAUGGAGGUGGUCCUACAGCCUACUCCAGCGAUAACAUAUCGGACAAUUGGUGGAAUUCUAGAUUUCUACAUCUUCCUUGGACCUAAACCAGAAGCUGUAGUCCAGCAAUAUACGGAGGUCAUAGGUCGGUCAUAUAUGCCACCAUAUUGGGGACUUGGAUUCCAUCUGUGCCGGUGGGGCUAUGGGUCAGCAGAGAAUACAUUGAGUGUGGUGGAGAAAAUGAGGGCUGCUGGAAUUCCACAGGAUUCCCAAUGGAAUGAUAUUGACUAUAUGGACAGUUUUCACGAUUGGACAUAUGAUAAAACACAUUACAGUACGCUACCAUCAGUCCCAGACGACCUGCACAAACACAACCAGCAUUAUAUAAUGAUUAUCGACCCUGGUAUUGCAAGCACUGCGACAGACUAUGCCCCUUAUGAUGAUGGUAUCAAAGAAGGUGUGUUUGUUAAAGAUUAUCAAGGCAAACCAAUUAUUGGAUCGGUGUGGCCUGGAAAUACUGCUUUUCCCGACUUUUUUAAUCCUGCUGCUGUAAAAUGGUGGGAAAAGUGGGCAAGGAACUUCCAUGACCAAGUAGAAUUUGAUGGAAUGUGGAUAGAUAUGAACGAACCAUCAAAUAUGAUUGAUGGAUCAACAAAUGGUUGUCCUAGCAACAGUACAUAUGAAAACCCUCCAUAUGUACCAAAGGUUACAGGAGGCAAGCUGUGGUCCAAGACACUGUGUAUGACAGCUAAACACUACACUGGCCUGCACUAUAAUCUUCACAAUUUGUAUGGCUACUCAGAGAUGGUUGCUACUCAUCAGGUGUUAAUCAACAUCCGUAAUAAGAGGCCAUUUAUCAUCUCUCGGUCCACCUUCCCAGGGAGCGGACAGUAUGGUGGACAUUGGCUUGGUGAUAAUGACAGUGCGUGGUCAGAUAUGUACUACUCUAUUACAGGAAUCCUGUCAUUCAGUUUCUUUGGAAUUCCAUUGGUUGGUGCUGACAUCUGCGGGUUCAACGGAAAUUCCAAUGAGGAGUUGUGUCAACGUUGGAUGCAGCUUGGCGCCUUCUACCCAUUCUCGAGGAAUCAUAACUCCAUUUAUUGCCCUUCUUUACCUAUCAAGUGUAAGGAUCAAGAUCCAACUGCCUUUAGUAAAGCAAUGCAGAAGUCAACCGCCAAAGCUUUAAGCAUUCGCUAUGCCUUGCUACCAUAUCUCUACACGCUCUUUUACCAUUCACACAUCAAUGGAAGCACAGUAGCAAGACCACUCUUCUUUGAAUUUCCUGAUGAUUCCGCUCUAAGGACAGUUGACAAGCAGUUCUUAUGGGGUCCAGCAUUGAUGAUUUCACCAGUUCUUACACAGGGCGCCACCACAGUUGACGCCAUGAUACCUUCGGGUAUAUGGUACGAUUUGAUAACGGGCGAGACCAUCAACAUGCCAUCAACCCAGUCUGUCCGUCUUGAUGCCCCUCUUGACAAGAUAAACCUUCAUGUGAGGGCAGGGCAUAUACUGCCAUGGCAAUAUGCUAAUACCACAACUACUGUAACCAGAAUGAAUGACAUGAACCUGCUGGUGGCGCUAGAUGCAAAUGGUCUUGCUGCUGGAGAUUUGUACUGGGAUGAUGGUGAUAGUUUAGAUACAAUUAAAAAUGGAAAAUAUAGUACAUGGCAAUUCAAGGCAGUGAACCAAGAGAUAAAAAGUUAUGCAAUUAAAGACGGUUUCACAUCAUCUUCCAGUAUGCUUCUUGGAGAAAUCAAAAUCUUUGGAAUAACAACUACACCUGCAAAGGUGUUAGCUAAUGGAAAACAAGUGAAAUUUACAUAUGACUCCCAAUAUAAGGUAUUGACAGUUACGAAUCUGAGACUUCCAUUCAACAAAAUGAACAGCUUGGUUUGGUCAUAACGAAAUGUAACAGAACAUUCUAUUGGUCAAUUCUAGUAUACGCUGGUAUUUGAAUCACUUUCUGACAGACAUCAUUGAAUUAUUAUUUUUACCAUUAUUCAAUGCAAUAUUUUUCAGAGAUAUAGAAUAUGAAUAAGAAGAAUAAAUAACUUAUCGGUUUUCACAUUCUUAUAGAAAAUUGAAUAUGAAGAAUUGAUGUGUGGACAAGUUUGAAUAGUUUUCAAUAAUACAAUUUCACAAUCUUGCAUUUUAAACAGAAAUUUUCAGAGGCAAAUUAUAGGUAGACAGCUUUAAAUUUUUAGAAUCGAAUGUACUGGAGUUAGCAAUCAGUACAGUAUUCUAAUAACAACUAUGUUCAGAAGGCAGACAGUAUCUCAACCCCAAUUUCAGGGGUGGUGCUGCAGGGGUUCAUGAAGCCGAGGUGAAUUUUGAUGACUGUUUGGCAAUUAGCGCCUCGUUUUGGGGACAGACCUUGGACCCUACAUUAGCGAAUUUCUGGUGCUGCCACCAGUUCAAUCAUGGAGAAAUAAACCCAACUUUUCCUUAUGGCAUGGCCAUCAAAAUAUACUGCUAUCAUCUCCUAAGAGGAUACCAUAAGAGAUGUAAACAUCAAAUAUUUUAUUAGAUAUUUAGUUUUUGUGACCUUUUCACGUCAUAAUUGUGGUAAAACCACAGAUUUAUUUUUAUUAUGAAGAUUUUAAUGUAAAAUUUUGCUCUGAAACUAAACCAUGCGCUUUCAGUUUUUGACAUUUAUAAUGAAAUACAUAAUGAUCAAAUACUCAUCAAACAUCGUUGUGUGAUUAUUUUGAUGUGUAUUUCUUUUAAAUAGAUAGUGUACUUUGCAUAUACAAUUUAAAUAUAAUAUUUAAAUAAUUAUGCUAUACAUUAACUAUAAAUGCUUGCAAAGGCUCUGAAACCAAACUUGCACAAAUACACAUUGUGUAUUGAUUUCCAUUCACAAGCCGAAAUACGAACAAAAAUUACAUACAGGAAUAUGACAUUAAAAAAUGAAUAGCACUCAA